AUGGUCAACGUCCAUCGACGAAACACGGCCAUUGCUGCCAGUAUCUUUUAUUUCCUGUCGAUUCCAUUCCUCAUCCUCGUCAUAAUCGGAAAUACGCACAUCAACCCGGUCCUGAACGACAUCUACUUCUUUCAACUCGAUGUCUCCCAAGUGAUCCCCAUCUCGGUUGAUAAUUCAAGGCUUCUCAACUCCGUCGCCCGAAGUCUAGGUCUUCACGACUUUUACCAGGUUGGACUAUGGAACUUUUGCGAAGGAUAUAAUGAUGAGGGCGUCACGUACUGUUCCGACCCUAAGCAGUGGUACUGGUUCAACCCCGUCGAAAUUAUGGUUAGCGAACUGCUUGCUGGAGCUCAGAUUGCUCUGCCUGCUGAGGCUAUUACUGUUCUGAACCUUCUCAAGAUUGGCUCUAGAAUUAUGUACGGUUUCUUCAUGGCCGGAAUCUGCGUCAACUUUCUCCUUAUUCCGCUCAGCCUUCUCGUUAUCCGUACCCGAUGGUGGAGUCUGCUCCUCUCGCUUCUGGCCAUCAUCACAUCAGUUCUUGUCACGGUUGCCGCCGUUAUUGCGACUGUCAUUAGUAUUGCCGCCAAGGUCGCACUUACAAAACAGGACCAGCUCAACAUCAAAGCAAACAUCGGUAUCAAGAUGUUUGUCUUUAUGUGGAUUGCGGCCAUCUUCACUGACUUGGCCUUCCUUCUGCAUGCUGCCAUGGGCUGCUGUUGUAGACCGCACCGCUACCAACAGCAGAGCCCGCAGCAGCCUGUGCAAGAGACCAAGAGCAAUAGAACGUCUCUACCAGGCUUUGUGCGCCAGAGGAGGAGCCACGGAUCCUCCUAG